CAGUUGGAGGUGUGCCGUGUGCACGAUAGUUGCGGCAGUGCGAAGUUACUCUGCGUUGUAUCAUUGAACAGUUCGUAUAAUUUAAAGGCCCAAGUGUUGAAAUGUAGGUGCUGCGAGUUGCGAAAUCCUUCAUGAUGCGUCAUGUAUCGUGCAGUUUGAGAAUUACGGCCUGACUUCGGGUAAAUCAGCGUUUCGUUAGUUUACACAGCAGCGACUUGCAUCUGUACUCAAGAACUCUGAAAUGGAAGAGCAAGAAGGUCGUAUGGCUGUUGAUUCAGAUGAGCCUAUGUCCAAUGACGAAAACAACAUUAUUAUAAACGAAGUGGAUGGACUUCCGAACGUCCACCCAAACUACACGGAAUUAGAAUUGAACUGCGACAUGAGACAUCAAAAUCCAGAUGGUGAGCGGUCGUUGGAGGACCUCAUUCACGACGAAGAUCUGCCAACCUCCUUGAUUGUCACUAAUUUGGAGAGCUCACUCUUCAAAAACGACGAGAGAAAAAAAGAAUUAGAAAACCUCUUCCGUCAGUUUGGGGAGCCAAUUUCAUUUCAGUAUUUUCGAAGCUUCCGAAGACUGAGGGUAAAUUAUAACUGUCCUGCAGCUGCUGCAAAGGCCAGAAUACAGUUGCACCAGACACAGUUUGGAGAAACUGUCAUAAACUGUUAUUUUGCCCAGCCUGUUUCACCCAUUGGCUUUGAAGAUCAGCACUUGCAACCACCAGCUCCUGUAAAGCAGUUUCUCAUAUCUCCACCUGCAUCUCCACCUGUUGGAUGGGUUCCAAGGGAUGAGGGUGAACCACUUGUUAACUAUGAUCUGCUCGCUGCGAUAGCUAAUCUCACUCCAGGUGAAACACAUGAAUUGCAUCCUCCAUCAGGAGACCAACCAGGAAUUGUUGUCCACAUCUGUGAGGAGUCAGAUUCUGGAACUCAGCACCCAAAAGGUCGAAUAGCGCAGACACGAUGUCCAGAACACAAGUGAAUAACUGAGUAGAAGGCUGUAAAAAUUUAAUUCUAAUGAAUGUUGCAUGUUUUAAUUGAUAUUGCAUGACAUGACUACUGAUUUUAAGAUAAAAUUAUAAGUGUGAUUCAUUGUACAUAUUUGUGUUUCUGAUACUUUGAACUGUAUGUUGUAUUGUAAAAUGGUAAAUGUAUUUGAAAGAACUGGAAGUCAUACUAUGCAGAACAAGUAUUAACAGUCUGAAUUGUACAGUUCUACAAGUUACUUUAUAAUUACAUCUUUGUGAAUGUAGGAUAACAGGCUUGAUGCAUAGGUGCACCUUCCUAAACUAGUCCAAAUCUCUAAUUCACCUAAGAAGUUUCAUAGUCUGUGUAUUUAUUUUUGGGAAUAGCAUGCUUAACUUAAUUGAAAAUGUAAGAAUCGGUGCGUACAUAUGUUUUUGUAAAUAUAUUCACAUAUAUACACAUUUCAGCAUGGGAAUACCCUGUUCCCCAGUAAAGUGUCAAUGGAUAUCAAUAUGUGUGGCACAGAAUUUUUUGAGUGUACUGAGAUUUGCUACCUAUCACAGUGAUUUAAAUUGUCAGUUCAUAAAAGAUGGUAGUUUGAAUAUUGUAAAUGUGUUCUGUGUUGUCAGUUAAUACAGAAUAUCAUAAUUAUUAAAUGUUAUGUUGCAGAAGGUAAGCCAGGGUUUCCAUGGGCAUUGAUUAGUUUUCUUACAAGUGUCACUACUACCAGUUGUGUUGUUGAGGUUGUCGGAUUGGGGGGAGGGGGGUGCAGCUCCUGUGUUUGAGUGAAACUCUGGUGUGUAAGGUGUAAAUGGAUCAAAUAAUAAUUACUGUAAUAGAAGAAGAAAGAAAUAGCAGCAGUUAUCUUGUUACUUGUGUUAAAAUUGUCUUGUUCAUGUGUCUUCUUGAUAUGUACAUUCAUAUAAGUAUUGUGUUUGUGAUAUACGGUUGUUUAUUGUGCUGUUGCUUUUAAGGCUCUACAUGAACUACGGAGUGCUUUUUUUCUCUUCCCUUCAAUGAAGUGAUCCAUUCAUAAGGUAAAUAUAUAAUGUUUGGAAGGAAUACUAGCACUCAUGUGAUAUGUCUCAUUGGCCUUCAUCAAAAGAUGUGAAGGGAAAAUCUAAUUUCAAAAAUUUACUUCUUGUUAAGUAUUUACAGAGAAAGCAUGUGAGAAAUGUAUUGCCAUUUUCUCAUUAAAAUGAACCUUAAUUAAUGUUUAUGCACUCAAUAGGGGCAAUGUGCAGAGAAGAAAUUGAGAGUUCAUUGACAAAGUUGAAUGAUGACUGGAAAUAUUGUGGAGUAUCAGAAGGAAACAGGAUAUAGUCGUUAACAGUAUGAAGGGAAUGGCUCUUAUCAAAGCAGUAUUUGGUAAAAUCAUUGUUUGUUGAGGAUUAGGGAUCACAAAGCAAAAGGAUGGCAUGUAUUUGGAAAAGAAAGUUCUAGAGGUUAAUAACCUGAAGCAUUUCUUGUAAUUUGGUACCAUUACUUUAGUUGGUCAUGUACUAUGUUCUUCUCUCUCCACUGUAGUUUUUCUUCUGUUCUACUUCAGUUCACCCAGAUUCCAUAAAAUAUAAAUUAUCUUCACACUUCUCUUGUCUUUAACUGGGUUGCAUGUGCCAUGUAAGCAUUUAUUUCACAUUACUGUUGAACAUGAGAAAUUAAUUUCAUCUUUCAUGUAACUUGUGGGGAGGGGGAAUUUAUCAGACAACGAAGAAGAAGAAACACCACCACCAAAACUUAUCCCUGAAUAUCAUGAGAGAAGGUUCAUUAUUAAAGGUAUGUUGUUGAAACUUCAGGUUGAUAUACCCUCUUCCCAUCACCAGUAUUUCUUAAGUUGACUGAACAUAACCUAUUAAAAUCAUGGGUGUAAUUGUUGAUGCCAAAGUGCAAAAUUAAGGUAAUAAAACAACACUAUUAUUCAUCAGUUGUAAAUUUGCAAAAAAUAUAUACUAGUAUUAUGAACUUUUAAUGCAGUUCUUGUAGCUUACAUAAAUGAAGUGACUAGAAGAAUGAAUGGAAAGAAAUUCAAAUGGUUUAUUUUAUGUAGAUAGUUACAGUACUGUGUGAGGGAUAAAGUUGGUUGGCUAUAAAAUAAAAAUAAAGACAGAUAUUUAAAUCACCUAUAAAUGUUAGAUUUAUAUAUUUACAUAUUGAAAAAUGAAUAAUCAAGGAAGUACUACUUUAUGGAUUACUAAGGAAAGUAUAUAAUAUUUUCUGUCAGACAUAAGUACCAAUCUGUACAGUUUUUACACACACACACACACACACACACACACACACACACACACACACUUGAAAAUAUUUUCAGAUGAGUUUGAGUCGAAUAGGGAGAA